AUGGGCAGUCAAAAAGACAACAUCACGAGUCCUGAAGAGGCACCGGUUCCUCCCGAUCCAUCAAUCAAAGGGGUAGCACCAUCAUGGGCAGGCCUUAGAAGAGUUCCAGACAAGCUUCCAACCAUUGCGUUGUUAAUUCUUGUUGUUGAGCUUGGAGAGCGUUUUACUUACUUCGGUCUCAGCGGUCCCAUUCAAAACUAUAUCAACAACCCCUAUGAUCCCGACUCCGAUCUUCCUGGCGCCCUCGGCCGUGGCCAGGCCGUCGCAACCGCGUUGGGCAAUUUCUUCAAAUUCUGGGCAUAUGCAUCGACAGUAAUCGGUGCUGUAGUAGCAGACCAGUAUCUUGGAAAGUUCAAAGCUAUCCUUGCUGCCUGCGCCGUUUACAUCGUUGGCUUAAUUAUCCUUGUUGCCACCUCCGUGCCUCAGUCGAUUACCAAUGGAGCAGGUUUUGGAGGUUUGAUCGCGGCCAUGAUAACCAUUGGUCUUGGGACUGGGGGUAUCAAAGCCAACGUCACGCCAAUGUGCGCCGAACAAUACCGGAACUCUCAUCACGUUGUCAAGACCCUCAAAUCGGGCGAGGAAGUCGUGGUUGAUCCUGAGUUAACUAUCCAGCGAUUGUUCAUGUGGUUUUAUUGGGUUGUCAACAUCGGCGCACUAUCACCUCUGAUCACAGUCAACGUAGAGGCACACCAUUCAUUUUGGCUCGCAUAUCUCAUUCCACUCAUUGCAAUCAUAAUCUCCGCUGGCGUCUUCAUUUCGGGUCAGAAGAAGUAUCUUAAAGUCCCUCCAGAGGGUUCUGCGAUUGUUGAUGCAUGCCGUGUUACUAAUAUCGCCAUCAAAGAGAGGGGCUUCAAAAAUGCCACUCCAUCAGCACUGAGAGUCUCGGGUCACCUCGAAAGAUACCCUGUUGCGCAAGAGCCAAAAUACACCGAUGAGUAUGUUAUGGAUGUCAUGCGAGGACUCAAUAGCUGCAAGAUGUUCUUGUUCUUCCCUCUUUAUUUCGUCUGCUGGAUUCAGAUUUGGAACAAUCUGAUAUCUCAAGCGGGUACUAUGGCCUUGCAUGGUACUCCCAACGACCUAUUACAGAACCUAGACCCCAUUGCGUUAUGCAUCUUCAUUCCAUUUCUUGAUGUCGUCGUCUAUCCCCUACUCCGGAAAUACCGCAUCGACUUUGAUCCAGUUACCAGAAUCUUUGUCGGAUUCAUAUUUGCAUCAAUCUCUAUGGUCUAUGCAAGCGUCUUGCAGCACUACAUUUAUAAAUCGCCCCCAAAGAGUAUUCAUGUUUGGAUUCAAGCGCCUGCUUACAUCCUUGUGGCGUUCUCCGAGGCGUUCAUAAUUGUCACUGGUCUCGAGCUAGCCUUCACCCAUGCCCCGAAAAACCUCCGAUCAGUCGUCUCUGCCCUUUUCUGGCUCACUAUCGGGGUCGCCGCAGCUAUAUGCAUCGCUCUUGCGCCAGUCUCCCAAGAUCCUUACCUUGUAUGGAUGUAUGGUUCGCUAGGAAUUGUUGGGUUUGUUGCUGGUUGCGCAUUCUAUGUUUGUUUUUACCCAGGAAGGACGAGUAAAGGAAACGUGAAUGAGGUGAUAAUUGAAGGAAGAUCACCGGAAUAA